CCUAAUUCUAUCUUUCAACCACCACUAGGCCCGAUUCCUGUCGCCCUCCUCCAUAUCCUGCCUUCAACAAUGUCAGAAGAACGAGAAGAUACUAAGCCGAAGAUCAACAUUACCAUCAAAUAUGGGGGCGACGGCGACAAGCAGAUAACAGUUGCGAUAAAGCGGACGACAAAAUUUGCUAAAGUAUUUACAGCUGCGGAGCUAACUCGACGUACCUUGAAAUUUGUUCUGAACGGGGAUCGAUUGCGGCCUGAAGAGACUCCAGGAGAUCAUGAUAUAGAGGACGAUGAUAUAAUAUAUGCAUUUUUGGAGCAGCAAGGAGGGGCGCCAUGUCCCGACUUCGCUUAGUGUUUUCACCUUAUUAUAGCGAUAUCAUUAUAAUCUUCGGUUAUGCAUCUCUAAUCUACAAGUCCUGUGCCGGUAAUGUGAAGUUACACUAAUUAUGUACAUAUCACUGGAUAACAUACAAAGAACCGAUGUGUUUUGAGACGAAAUGUUAUCAUCUCCCC